AUGGCGACCGCCGUUGCUGUUGGCGGACUAGGCAGACCCAGGCCACUUAGCACCUACCACUACAAUGUGGCCAUCGGUGCCUGCCGCAAGACAUCGGCUUGGGAGACGGCCCUCCAGCUGACUGAGGCUUUGCAGGCCCACAAGGUCCGGGCGGACCUCGUCACUUUCAACAGCGGCCUUGGGGUUGCGGCCGCAGCGGCGGCGUGGCCCUGCGCUUUGUUCUGGCUCUGGGAGGUUUCUGACAGCCAGCUCCGUGCGGAUGUGAUAACUGUUAGCAGCGCUGUCAGUGCUUGCGAGAAGGGGGAGAGCUGGCGCGCUGCUGUGCACCUGCUGACAGAGUCGUGGCAAACGCAGGUGCGCCCAAACGUCGUGACCUACAACAGCACUGUGAGCGCCCUGGCACGGGGCGGGUGGCAGCGGGCUCUGCGGAUAGUGGAUGACUUCCCACAAGGCCGACUGGAGCCUGACGUCGUCACCUUCAGUGCUGGGGCGGUUGCGACUGAGGUGGAAGGCCAGUGGACCAUGGGCAUCAGCCUCCUCAGGGCUAUGAUGGUAGAGGGCGUUCGACUGAACAGCUUUGCCUACAACAGCGCAAUCAGCACGGCGGCCAGCGCAGCUUCCUGGGAGGCGGCGGUGGCCCUUCUGGAGGACUGCGGGCUUUCUGCUGAUGCCUUUGGUUACAGCGGCGCCAUCAUGGCUUGUGGGAGAGGCAGAGCUUGGGAAGUCGCUCUCUGCCUGCAGCGAGAGCUGCUAGCAUCGCGCGUGGUGUCGAACCAGGUCACUUGGAAUUCAGUCAUCGGCGCCUGUGAGGUGUCGGGGCUUUGGCAAACCGCCGUACACCUGCUUUGCGCGAUGCGGGACAGCGAGGUGAGGCGCACGGUGGUCAGCUUCAGCUCAGCAGUGGGGGCCUGCGAGCGCAGCGGGCUGUGGCGAGUGGCCCUUCAACUGCUUCUGGAUAUGCUUUCGGCCAGAAUUCGGUGCAACGCGAUCGGCUUCAACAGCGCCAUUAGUGCCUGCAGUAGAGGCAGCCAGUGGCGCAAGGCCCUGGCAGUGCUGCAGUUCAUGUCUGAGGUGUCUGUGCCACCAGAUCGAGUGAGCUUCAACAGCGCCAUCUCCGCCGUGGCCGUCAAAGGAAAGGUCCAGGCCGCUCUGCAGCUGGUCGCCUCGCUGCGCGGCGCCGACUUGGCGCCAGGUGCCGCCACGCUGACUGCAGCCGCCGGGGCCUGUGACGUGGCGGGGAGGUGCUCCCAGUGGCCGCAAGCCCUGCAGCUCUUCGUGGAAUUUGAUCGGUGCCGGCUGCAGCCGACCACCACCUCCCGCCAGACCGCCGCAAAUGCCUGCGCCAAGGCCUUGCAGUGGCAGCAGGCGCUGCUGGCAUGCAGCGGCUAUUGUUCAACGCGAGGGCAUGGCGACCUGCCCCUGCACAACUUGGCAGUCAUCGCGUAUGAAGCUGGAGGUAAGUGGCAGCAGCUCCGACGAGUGCUGCCCGUGUUGGACGAAGAGGUUUAUGCCGUUUUGUUUCAAGCUUUCAAGCUGGGCGAUGACCCGCACGGUAGUGGACUGUAG